GCGCCCCCGUGACCUUCCCUGAGGCGCGUGCGCACUCGCACCCGCAGUCGCGCGGCCCUGAGGGCUGCUGGGCAAGUGCUCGAGUGCCGGGUGCGGCCGGCACGAGAGCGCGCUUCCCUUUUCCCCUCCCCUCCUCUCCGCCGCCAUGAUAGUGUUUGUCAGGUUCAACUCAAGCCAUGGCUUCCCGGUGGAGGUUGGUUCAGACUCCAGCAUCCUCCAGCUGAAGGAGGUGGUUGCCCAGCGACAGGGAGUUCCAGCUGACCAGCUGCGGGUGAUUUUUGCAGGGAGGGAGCUCAGCAAUGACUUGACACUGCAGAACUGUGACCUGGCCCAGCAAAGUAUUGUUCAUAUUGUUCAGAGUCCACAAAAGAACAGUCAGAACAAGGAUGAGACAAAAGGUAACCAUGGUGGAGGUAGUCUAAAAGCCUUGGAAAGAGAACCUGAAAGUCUAACUCGUGUAGAUCUCAGCACCAGCAUCCUCCCAUCACUCUCUGCAGGACUGGCUGUUAUUCUGGAUACUACAAACCCCAGCAUUUCUCAUCCCUCUGAAAACUCAGGUGCAGCUGGUUACAACAGCUUUUAUGUUUUUUGCAAAAGUUUCUGCCAAAGCGUGAAACCUGGGAAGCUGAGGGUCCACUGCAGUGUGUGUAAACAAGGAACACUGACACUGGAAAGGGGCCCAUCUUGCUGGGAUGAUGUGCUGAUUCCCAACAGAAUAAGAGGCGUUUGCCAGUCCCAAAGGUGCAAUGGAAACAUAGCGGAGUUUUACUUUAAAUGUGGAGCACACCCAACCACUGACAGUGAAACAUCUGUGGCUUUGAACCUCAUUACAACUAACAGUCGCCGUAUCACAUGUAUAACAUGCACAGAUAUUAGGAGUCCUGUGCUUGUAUUCCAAUGUGUGCAUCGCCAUGUCAUUUGCCUAGACUGUUUCCAUUUGUACUGUGUGACUAUGCUGAAUGACCGUCAGUUCAUCCAUGACCCAGAGCUUGGCUAUUCUCUCCCUUGCGUAGCUGGCUGUCAAGACUCCUUGAUUAAAGAGCUUCAUCACUUCAGGAUUCUGGGAGAAGAACAGUACAACCGCUACCAGUGCUAUGGGGCUGAGGAGUGCGUGCUGCAGAUGGGAGGAGUGCUGUGUCCAACUCCCGGCUGUGGAGCAGGUUUGCUUCCUGAACCAGGAUUGAGGAGAAUUGUAUGUGAACCAGGCAAUGGGAUAGGCUGUGGGUUUGUGUUCUGCCGUGAAUGUAAAGAAGAAUACCAUGAAGGGGAAUGCAACUCUCUCCUCAGCAUGCAGGGAGCCAUGGCUCGGAAGGGAUACGUAGUUGAUGAACGUGCAGCCAUGCAAGCUCGAUGGGAAGAGGCAUCUAGAGAAACAAUCAAGAAGACAACCAAGCCAUGCCCCAGCUGCAGUAUACCAGUAGAAAAAAAUGGUGGCUGCAUGCAUAUGAAAUGUCCUCGCCCUCAGUGCAGAUUUGAGUGGUGCUGGAACUGUGGCCUGGAGUGGAACAGAACCUGCAUGGGAGAUCACUGGUUUGACUAGUGGUGAUGAGGCCAGCCCACAUUGCUGCUGAAGCUUGUUUUCAUUGGAGUCAAAUUCUGAACUCCUUGCUUAAACAAAACUCUCAGUGAUUCCAGGGACGUGGAGUUCAGAAGUUGGCCCAGUUUGUUGUUUGCUUACUUGCUUACGCAAUCAUAUCAGAGUCACACUGAAGAUAUCCACUAAGCAAAAAGAGUAAUUGUUUUAAUGGACAGAUUUGCUCAUCAUGGUACAAACAGAAUAAAUUACACUUUUCUGAACUUGUACAGUCUGUCAGCAUGGAGACCAGACAGGGUUACCAUGAGGAAGUUUGAUUGACAUUUAUAGUCAGGAAUCUACAACUCUUGCAAGAGAAAGUGGCCUGCGUAUGUGGGUUUUGAGUGUGAGAGGGUCAAGGGGAGUGGAGGAUGUUCUCUGCAUCAGUUGCUUUUACUUUGACCACUCUUUUACUCAUUCAGCACAAUAUUUGAUUUUGAGGCAGUAUUCUUAACAGCUUUUUUGGCUGAGGGAAGAGUGUGGCUCUUCAGUGUUUUCUCAGGGUUCCUUCCCAACAGGUAGGUUCCUGUAGGUGUCUUGCUUUCAAACCAAAUUCUCAUAGAAACAUCCAGCUUUAUGCCGUGCUUGUGUAUUUGUAACAUAUGACACAAAACCUGCCUACAUGCUCAUUAAAGGCUUUGUUACCACUGGAAGAUUAGCUAAGGAUGCAGUUUAAGCUUUAACUGUGACUGCUGUUGCAGUGGUGACUGUAUCUGAUUAAGUGUUGUGCACACUAAACUCACAGGGCUUAAUUUUUCUGCUGCUUACAACAAUGCUUUGGGCAUGGCAAGGAGAGGCAGGAGGAGACUUCUCAGGGGGGUCCUCUAUAAUCAUUCUCCUAAAUUGAGAAACAUGGGUAUGUUUCUGGAAAUACAUUCACAGCUCAAGCAGUGUGGGGCAGAGGGACAUCUUUUGUAUUACAGUGUUAAUGGAGUAAGUAAAACUUACUAGCAUCUCCAAGCCUGAACAAUCUUGCUGUUCAGUUUGCUUUGCAUUGCUGUCUUACUCUGAAAUUAAAUGGGUACUGUCCACCUCCAACAUGCCAUGUAAGGACUUGUACAAUUCAGUUUUGGAGAAAAAUGCACAAUAAAUAAAGUGGUCAAAAAUUAAACUUUCUUUAUUUCUUUUUU